AUGCCGGUCAAGAGGGCACGUCCCACUCUGCCGCGCUCUGUGGCUAAGGACAGUUGUGGCCAUGGCUUGGACGACUAUAACAAUAAAAUGCCAGCAACACAGCUUCUCCUGCCACAUUACGUACAGCAAUUUGUGUCUAGUGUUCAUGUAUUUGUGGCUUUGCUCUUUCAGGGGGUCACGCGGCUGCUGCUCACCAAGAUCCCGUUCUUCAAAGAGAUCAUCGUCAGCUCCUUCGCCUGCGACAGCUGCGCCUGGUCCAACACUGAGAUCCAGUCGGCAGGGCGCAUCCAGGAGCAGGGCGUGCGCUACACCCUCUCAGUCUCUGCUCGCCAGGAUAUGAAUAGGGAAGUGGUGAAGACAGAUUGUGCCACGGCUAGAAUCCCAGAGCUAGACUUUGAAAUUCCUGCUUUCUCUCAGAAAGGAGCUCUUACCACUAUCGAGGGAAUAAUUGACAGAGCUGUCGUUGGCCUGGAGCAGGAUCAGCCAGUCCGCAGGGCAGCCGAUAAAGAUGUGGCAGGAAAAAUAGAUGAAUUUAUUGGCAAACUCAAGCAGUUGAAGGAAGUGGAUUCUUCUUUCACCUUUAUUAUAGAUGACCCCUCGGGUAACAGCUUUGUGGAAAAUCCUCAUGCGCCACAGAAAGAUGAAGCUCUUGUGGUUACACGUUACAGGAGGACUGCCCAGCAGGAUGCAAUGCUUGGACUUGAGGAAUUUGGUCUGGGAGGGGAAGGUGCCUUCAAGUCACAAGCAGAUGAGACGGAUGAGAACCCAGAUGACUCUGUGGAAGACCUGAGAAAUGAAGUGUUGCAAUUCAACACAAACUGUCCUGAAUGUAAUGCUCCAGCCAGCACUAACAUGAAGCUAGUGCAAAUUCCACACUUUAAGGAAGUGAUAAUUAUGGCUACAAACUGUGAGGCCUGUGGGCAUAGGACAAACGAGGUUAAAUCUGGAGGAGCAAUAGAACCGCUGGGAACCAGGAUUACUCUUCGUGUUACAGACCCUUCGGACAUGACGAGAGAUAUACUAAAGUCCGAGACAUGCAGUGUGGAAAUCCCAGAGCUGGAGUUUGAGCUUGGCAUGGGAGCGCUGGGAGGAAAAUUCACCACUCUGGAGGGGCUGCUGAAAGACAUCCGAGAUCUGGUUACGAAAAACCCCUUCACUCUGGGGGACAGCUCUACUCCAAGCAGAGUGGAGAAGCUCCAGGAGUUUGGCAGAAAGGUGUAUCAGAUUAUGGAGGGUCACAUGGAAGCUCACUUCAUUCUAGAUGAUCCUGCAGGGAACAGCUACUUGCAGAAUGUAUAUGCUCCAGAAGAAGAUCCGGAGCUAAAAGUGGAGCACUAUGAGCGCACGUUUGCCCACAAUGAGGAGCUGGGUCUCAAUGACAUGAGAACUGAUGACUAUGAAACAGAGCCAACCUCUGAGCGCUAGUAGCACGCUGAAAGGCAGAAAAGCCAAACUCCUCUCACUAAGUUAUUACUAUUGUAAUAGGGCUAAGGACUUAGCCUGUCUUGCACUGGAGGCAAGCUUUUUCUUUAGGCACCUGGAUGGUACAAUUGCUUAACUGAACUGCUGGGAGCAAACCUUAAAGUCAGAAGUUCUGAGUCCAUUAGUGACCUUGUUUUGGAGGUUUAUAUUUGCAUAAAGAAAACUGUUAACUACCUG